CCUUUGGUACCUGCUGUUUUACUCAGGUGAAACUGGCAUGGGCAAAUCCACCCUAAUGGACACACUCUUCAAUACCAGCUUUGAGUCCAAUCCAGCACCACACACACUGCCAUCUGUCAAGCUUAAGUCUCAUACAUAUGAACUUCAGGAAUCUAAUGUCAGGCUGAAGCUGACAAUUGUUGACACAGUUGGCUAUGGAGAUCAGAUAAAUAAGGAAGACAGCUUUACUGCUAUUGUUGACUACAUUGACAAACAGUUUGAUGAUUACCUUCAAGAAGAGCUGAAGAUAAAACGUUGCCUCUCAGCCUACCAUGAUGCAAGAAUCCAUGCCUGUCUGUACUUCAUCUGUCCAACUGGUCAUGGUCUGAAAAGUAUUGAUUUGGUAUGCAUGAAGAAACUGGACUCAAAGGUGAAUGUGAUUCCAAUCAUUGCCAAGGCUGAUACCAUCUCUAAGGCUGAGCUGACAAAGUUUAAGCAACGCAUCAUCCAAGAGAUCAAAGCCAACAAUAUCCAGAUUUACCAGUUCCCAACAGAUGAUGAUACCAUGGCCAAGGUAUGCCUGUCUACUUUUGUGAUGAUUGCAUGGUUGUAUUUUUGA